UGUCGCCUGACUGCGUCCAGCCGCCGCGGUGACUCGCACGCCGGCGGGAAGAAUUUCCCCAGUCCUCACACGGGUCCUCUGCUCUGUGCCUACAGCCACCGCGGCCCUCCCGGGCCUUCGGGGGACGGGGCCAGCUCUCCUGUCCCCACCACGUUUCAGGUACAGAGAGGAAUAAAGAAUGACUGCUGAAUUAAAGAGAAUUAUGAUAAAGGACUCAGUGACCUUUGAGGAUGUGGCUGUGGAGUUUACCCAGGAGGAGUGGGUUCUGCUAGAUCUUGCUCAGAGGAAACUCUAUCAAGCUGUGAUGCUGGAAACCUUCUGGAACCUGGCUGUCCUAGGUUUUGAGACUCAACUUAAAACUGAUGAAUUAGUUCUUCAAGCUACUGAGGUAGAGACGCUAUCCAAAGAACAGGAAAUAGUAGGACUGAAAAGGAAUGAUUCCUGGUCCUCUGCUUCACAGGAAAAGUGGGGAUCCCAAGAUAGUGAUUGUCAGAACAAAAGCCAGGAGACACCUCUGAGAAGUCAUGUGUUGGAGAGUGCCUAUGAAUGUAAUGAAGAAAAUCAGCACACACCAAGUGCAAAUGUCAGUGUGCUGGACAGGAUGGCUGAAGUGUCAUCAUACAGGUGUCACCAGUGUGGCAAGGCCUUCACGUUCCAUUCGUCCCUCAAGAAUCACCUCAGGUCCCAUGCUGGGAGCAAGCCUUAUCAGUGCAAGGAGUGUGGCAAAGGCUUCCACUUCCUUGCUUGUUUUAAGAAGCAUCUGAAAACUCCCACUGAGGAGAAGCCUUAUGAGUGUCAAGAAUGUUCCAGAACCUUCAGCUGUUCCUCACUCUUUAGGGCCCAUUUGAAGAUUCACAGUGACAAAGGCAACUAUAAAUGUGAGGAAUGUGGGCAUGCUUUCAGUAGCUUUUCCUACCUCACAGAACAUAAAAGGAUCCACAAUGGAGAGAAGCCUUAUGAAUGUAAGGAGUGUGGGAAAGCCUUCAGUUGCUCCUCAUCGCUCUCCAAACACAAAAGAAUCCAUAGUGGGGAUAAGCCCUAUGAAUGUAAGGAGUGUGGGAAAGCCUUCAGUUCCUCUUCCCACCUCAUCAUUCACAUCAGAAUCCACACUGGGGAGAAGCCUUAUGAAUGCAAGGAGUGUGGGAAGGCCUUCAGCGAGUCCUCAAAGCUCACUGUCCAUGCGCGAGUCCACACUGGAGAGAAGCCGUAUAAAUGUAAGGAAUGUGGGAAAGCCUACAAUUGUCCCUCCUCCUUAAGUAUCCAUAUGAGAAAACACACUGGGGAAAAGCCGUAUGAAUGUUUUGAAUGUGGAAAAGCCUUUUACCUUCCCACGUCCCUGAACACACAUGUGAAAAAUCAGAGUAGAGAGAAGCCAUCUGAGUGUAAGGAUUGUGGGAAGGCCUUCAGUUGUCCCUCAUCCUAUAAGGCGCAUGUGCGGGACCACAUGGGGAAGGUACAGUAUGAAUGUAAGGAAUGUGGGAAGGCCUUUAGUCGCUCCUCAUCCCUCACUGAACACUUAAGAACUCACAGCGGAGAGAAGCCUUAUGAAUGUACAGAGUGUGGGAAAACCUUUAUUAGUUCGUCCCAUCUAACAGUCCACAGACGAACUCACACGGGAGAAAAACCGUAUGAAUGUCAGAAAUGUGGAAAAGCCUUCAUUUACUUCUCAGCCCUUAGCAUCCACAUGAGAACACACACUGGAGAAAAGCCAUAUGAAUGCAAGGAGUGUGGGAAGACAUUUCGACACUCUUCUUAUCUCACCGUCCAUGCAAGGAUGCACACUGGGGAAAAACCCUUUGAAUGUCUGGAGUGUGGGAGGGCCUUCAGCUGUCCCUCAUCCUUCCGACGGCACGUGAGAAGUCACACUGGAGAGAAGCCAUAUGAAUGUAAGGAAUGUGGGAAAGCCUUUAUUUGCCCAGCCUAUUUUCGAAGACAUUUGAAAAUUCAUACUCGAGAAAACACAUAAAUGUAAAGAAUAUGGCAUGUGAGCAAGGCUUUUUCUAAUCUUGGGGUAACUUCAGAAGUCUCAUACUGUGAAGACACCUCAUAAAUAGGACAAAGUAGGAGAUUCCUGUGCCUCCUUUUGAAGACCUGAGGAUAUGUGAGAGAAACUGUGUAAACCACGUGGUAAAUAGCUCCAGACUGUCACCAUUUGUUUAUACUAGAUUUGUACCUCACCAUUAAAGAGGAACUGCUGGCUCAC